GCUGCUAACAGGACUGGCCUCAACCUGUAGACCUGUAUGUAAAGCGGACAGAGAGAAGGAGCGCGGCGGCGGCGGCAGCAUCGGAGGGAGGGGAAGCUACCGUCACCACCACUAUAUACAGCUGAAAAUUAUCUGUAGGUUUAACCUAACCAGAUGGACGUAUUUUUCUUCCUGAACGGGUUUCGCUACGAGUUUAAUAACAGCUGCCUGCGACGCUGAGGGGAACAGCCCGUGUUUAAUGGCAUUUGGGAAGACUUCGCGGCUCUCUCCGGGUAGAAGAGGAGACAUUACGCCGCGAGUUAGCUAACGUUAGCUCGCUAACAAGCGGGCUGACAUGGACGUCUGACAAGCUGUCAAAGAUAUCUUCAUGGAUCACAGAGGACAGGGAAGAGAAACUGCUGCAUUUGUGAGCAUAGCCAAUCACUAGAGAUUCUGACCCAUAAGCAUAUCACUGAAGAGACUUCAGUGCAUGUGGCCUUCUCGGUUGUUCCCUGACAUCUGCUGUGCAGCCCAAAGGCCUCUAGAUAUGCACUAUAUACUUAGAGACAUGAGCUGCAGGGAUGCGGGGAGGAGCAGGUUUCCUUCAUGCAGGACUCUCCCUGUUGUAAUAUGGCUUCUGGCUACUCUGGCCCAUGGCGCCAUGCCAGACCAGCAAGAAACACUGGUGGACAUGAUAUCUGUGGAGCUAGAGGCCUCUAUGCAGUCCUCUGUGAUGUCUGAGCUCCAGGCUGCAGCAUCCUCAGUUGGUGAAGGCCUCCCUACAACUAUACCAGAUUCUUCUGUGGGGAAUGGUGUCCACACAAACAUCCCAGAUUCCUCAGCAAUCGUAGGCCAGGUGUUCCAAUUGAAGGUUCCUCCUGGACCUGACCAUGCAAGCUGCAACGUCCAGCUCACUGAGAUGGGAAGAGAGACCUUACCCUCCUGGCUCUACUGGGACAAAGAGAGAUGCACUCUAAGAGGAUUGGCUCUGGAGCAAGAUAAAGGUGUAUAUCAUAUCUUGGUGUCAGGGGAGCAGAUAACUGAAGGGACAAGUAGCCAAGUGUAUCCCAGUACAGUCUUCACAGUUGAAGUGUACCCAGAAGAACGGGCUGACACUGAGCCGGCUCUGCUCACUCUGCAGUCUAUCAGUGGCCUGCAGCCUUUCACCUGUGGUUCAGAGGAGCCUGUCACAGUCCUUACUGUCAUCUUGGAUGCUGAUUUGACAAAGAUGGUUGCUGAACAGAGGGUCAGCUUAUUAGGACUGAUGAGGAAAUUCUCUCAUGUACCUCUGGAGCACAUGAGAGUGGUGCCUGUUGUAAACAAUCGCUUAUUUGACAUGUCUGCUUUCAUGGCUGGACCUGGAAAUGCAAAGAAAGUUGUGGAGAAUGGAGCCCUGCUGUCAUGGAAAGUUGGAUGUGCGCUUGAUCAGCCCAGCAUUCCUGACAUCAGCAGUGUGCAGUCCUCAGCAAAAGAUGGGACAAUGUCAGCCAGGUUAGGUUACCCAGUGGUUGGCUGGCAUAUUGUCAACAAAAAGCCCCAUGUAGUGAAACGUAUCAGGCGUCAGUUGUACAACACUCCUACUCCAGUGCCAUCCCUACUUCCCCCCACUGUCAACCAAGAGCCUCUUUCUCGUGUUGUUCCUACCCCAACUUCCCCCUCUAUUGCCCCAGCAACAGACAACUCUAUUACUCCUGUCCGAGGGCCUUUACCUUUACCAGUGAAGCCCACAUUGAGAGUCAAAGAUCAAAUAGCUCAUACACCCAUCUUUGGACCUCCUCAACCUACCAGAGUGUUGGGAACUACGAGUACCAUUCCGAUCAUGCCUACCAUGACUCGACCGACAAUUUUAGGGCCCACUGCUUCGCCAACGCCACCAGGUGCCAGCAAAAAACCAAAAACUUCAAAGAAGCCCAAGAAACCCAAAAUGUCCACCCCUGCUCCCCGUGAACCAAAGUCCACUACUCCUAAAACAACCAUACGUACAACUACUCUUUCUCUGACCACAGACUUAAAUCAAAUCCCAGAAAUCCGCAACCCGAUUGAUCAAGUUACAGCAUGGGUUGGCACAUACUUUGAGGUCAAAAUUGCUUCGGAUGCGUUUUAUGACCGAGAAGAUGGUACCACUGACAAAUUGCGUUUGACUCUGAAGAAGACCCCAAAAGAAGCCGUGAGUGAAACCUCAUGGAUCCAGUUCAACAGCAGCAUCCAGCUUUUGUACGGCCUUCCUGAUGAGGAACAUGCAGGGGAUCAUGAAUACUUCAUGCUGGCCACCGAUAAGGGUGGGAAGAGCAUCAUGGAUGCAUUUGAGGUUCGAGUCAACCGCUGGACUAGCAAUGACAAACCAUCAGUGGUGUUUGCUGCUCGUUUUCACGGUGACCCCAAAACUUUAAGUGAAAAUGUUCACAAUAAGAUUCUUUUGACUAAAAAACUGGCCUAUGCACUGGGGGACCGGAAUACCAGCACAGUGACCCUCAGGAGCAUCACUAAAGGAUCCAUUGUGGUUGAAUGGACCAACAAUAGUAUUCAGCAGAAUUCCUGUCCAAAAGAACAGAUAACUGCUCUCACUAAAAGAAUCUCAGAUUCCCAAGGAACACCUUCGCCAGCCUUCAUCAAGGCCAUGGAGCCUGAAUUUAAACCCAUAAGCAUCUCAGUCCGUGGUGCCAAUAAAUGUCAGAGCUACACAUUCAUUCCACCAGGAGAGGUGCCAAUGCCUGCCCUUCCUACAGCCACACCGUCUCCUGGAACAAGUCAAAGAAGUAGUGAUGAUGUUUACCUCCACACAGUGAUCCCUGCUGUUGUUGUGGCAGCCUUGUUGCUUAUAGCUGGGAUCAUUGCAAUGGUCUGCUACCGCAAGAAGCGCAAAGGGAAAAUGACAAUAGAAGAACAGGCCACCUUCAUAAAGAAGGGCGUUCCCAUAAUAUUUGCUGAUGAACUGGAUGAUUCCAAGUCUCCACCAUCUUCCAGUAUCCCUCUAAUCCUGCAGGAGGAAAAACCGCCUCUUCCUCCUCCUGAGUACCCCAACAUGGCCGGCCUCCACAGUACCCUGCUCAACCAGGAUCUGCUGGAGGAGUAUUCAGUCUACCAGGAUGACGAUCCCAAUGCUCCACCUUAUCAGCCCCCACCCCCCUUCACCGUUCCGAUUGAGGGAAAAGGCUCACGCCCCAAGAACAUGACAUCCUACAGGUCACCACCUCCCUAUGUACCUCCCUAACGCACACAUCUGAGCUUUCAGUUUGAAAAGCUGGUCCGAUUUAGGGAUGCUUCUCAGAAACUACAAAAGGAGUACAUUUACUUGUGUUCAGUGAACUGGCUUUGACUUCAUAGAAGAGGAAGCAACAGCAUAUAUCUGACCAUCAUGAAUAAAACAUUCUGCUACUGUCCCUGGACAAACGGAUAGAGGACAAUUUGUAUUUCUUUCUCCUUCCUGUAAUUCAGAUCUGCUUUUGACUUCUUGCAUCUUAUUUUUUUGUCUGUUUUCUGUCAAGAAGAGCCAGUUUUAUCUUCAAUGAUCUUCUAUUUCUAUUGUAUAGAAAAUAAUAAAGCAGCAGGAAAGACUGAGGUCCUUUGGGCCUUUUGUGGCGAUGUCACCAUGACAGCAGACUUGAGGCUCUCCCUCCUGAUGUUAAUCUUUAUGAGUUCUAAAUCAUUCUUAUCUGCCCUUCAGCUAGGUUUAGUAAGAUUUUGCACUUGUUAUUUCUUGAGGGGAUGAAAAGCAAAAUGGUAAAUUGAACGCAUGAUGCAUUUUAUUCACACGUAAAUUGAUUUGUUUAUCAGAUAUUGAUCUUCCCUGUUCUUUUACUUAGCUCCCUCUGGAUAAUAACAUGCAGCCCCUUGCACUUAUGCAAAUUCUUGUUAAACCUUGCACUAUGUGUCUUUAGCAUAAUUGAAAUGGUUGAGUGUUUGACUGAUAAGAAGUUACAAGAAUUUUAGAUCCUUGAACUUGCCAUAUGACUGAGAUUCCUCUGGUACUUGACCACAAAGGACGCAACUGUAAUCAUGCCUGUUGUAGAUGUAGCUUAAACAUGAUUUAUUUUUUUCUCACUUUAAUGUGUGCCACAAAAUCUGCCUGUGAGAUAACUGGGCUUGCUGUUGCCAAGGUGAUGUCUGUAGACACAGUGCAAUUCUUAUGGAGUUGCUACGACAAUAACAAAGGAGCCUGUGGAAUGCUGGGAUUCACAGCAGGCGGAAUAUAUGUCAAUAAGGUGGAUCCAUUGUCUUUUAUUCAGUUGUUUUUUUUUUUUUUUUGUUUGUUUUUUUUAUCUGAGGGGUGGGUGGGUGUGGAGUACUGUAAUACUACUGCUCUGACACAAGGGUUUGCACUACUAGUGCGGUGCCUGUUGUCAGUUCAGGUGAGGCAUGGGGUAGAAGGGGAUGUACAUAUUUGUGUGCCUGUGAAAUAAAACGACUCCAUAAUGUUGAUGUUUUAUCAGUAAACCUGGUUGGGAACUGGCGGGGCCCACCCUGAGUGGGAAAUUUUUAUUUUUUAAUUGUAUGUCUAGAUUUAUGAUCACAGUCAUUUAAAAAAAAAAAUAUAUAACUUUAUAGUUUGUGAGGGUAGAAAAGAUUGUUUACGUGCCCAUCACAUUAAAACAUAAAUAAAAAUAAAGCAUUAUCUCAAUGUGAUGGGGAACAAAGGAACCACGACAAUAUGUGAAUUAUGUACAGUUCAUAUCACCAUUAGAACAAUGGUUAAAAAAAAUCUAAUGUUUUUACUGAGUUUUUGAUACAGUCUUAAACUUGUUUUAUGAAAAUAUAUUAAUAAAAUGUAAUACUAUUUGUAAAAUCUC